AUGGAGAAGGUCCUCUCCUUUCUGAAUAGCACUACUGAGCCAUGGUUGAGGCUUGGAUAUUUACCCUCAGCCUUCCCAGACAUUUACCCCAAGUGCAUCUUUCUGAGUGCAGUAGGGGUGCUGCUUUUGUACCUGAGGUACCUGCUGCUGAAACCAUUCUUACCCACACUGAGCAAUCAAACCGUCAGAAAGCAACAGGGAGAAGCUAGGAAAAGAAGGAGAGCAUCAUUUAAAGAAUUUAGAAUCUUCCACAGAGAAACCCAGGAGAGGCGGAAGCUGCUGUCUGUUGUGCAAAGCCCCUUCGGACAGCUGUACGAUGCCUCCCACUUCCGACGAGUGCUUUGUCCAGAUCCCCACUGUGACGUGUGCAACGAAGCCACGGCCAAGGUCAGUCAUCUGCUUUCAGGGGCCACCCCCGAAGAUGCCGCUGCCUCUGCAUCCAGUGUGGCUUCCACGGCCUCUGUGACUGAGACCUCCUUUACUCUGUCCCCUCCCCUCUCACCGAGCCCUCUGGGGUGUCAGAUUUCAUCGCUUCCUCCUCCUCCUCUUCCUCCUCCUCCUCCUCCUCCCUCUGUUAUCUCAACCUUGGAAGACACACCUUUGUGCACACCACAAGGUGACUCCCCGCCAUCAGAGCCUGUUCUUCUCACAAGCGUGGACUUCCCGCCGCCUCUGGGCCACAUCCCACCUCAUCCACUUCCCACACUUCCUCAAACGGAAGAGUCUUUACAACUAGAAACCUCUCCAUCCCUGGUGGACAGCCCAAGCGAGCAGAUCCUCAAUGCCACAACAAACAAGGAAGCUUGUGGUGGCAUGUCAGAGUUCCUCCCAUCACAGUCGGAAUGCUUGGUGAACCGCCACUCUUCUGAAGCUUUUUUGGGGGGACAACCCACCAUCUAUUUCCCAAUGCCUGGAAAACCCUCUUUUCCCAACCCCAAAGUCCUGGCACUGCUAGAGAGACAAGACCAAAGCCAGUCUGACUUACUUAUGCUGAGGGAUGAGAAAGAAAAAGCAGAAACUUUUCAAUUCGAAAAAACACUUAAGACUUGGAAGGAAAUCUCAGAGCCAGCCUCCGGGUCGCAGAGCUCAGGAGUCUCCCUACCUCUGAGGAGCAGCGAAGGCGUGCUCCAGGAGCUGAUGGUGCAUCAGGAGCUCGUUCAGAUGCAAACCUCUAAAGACCGAUUAGAACCCAAGGUUAUACAGCACUUCUGGGGUCUCCCGUACCUCCACAGUGAGUCUGUGAACACCGUCACUACGCUGUCGACUCGUUCCUCAACGUGCAUCUGGUUCAACAGCACCCCAGACUCCUCAGUCCUGAUUCACCCAAUACCUCUGUCCCUGCCUGAAAGCCAGCCCCAGAUCUUGACCCAAUCGCAGUCCCAGAGUGUCCUGCUUCAGCCUCCAGUCCCAGUGACACCGUCCUCCUCUCAGUCUCAGCUUAGGAUCUGUGAGGUGUAUUUUCAUACAUCCCAAGACAAGACAAAGGCUCUGCUGCAAUCUGGGAUCCGCCACCUAGAAUGGAAUGUCACGACAGAGGAAGAGAGGGUGUGGGCUUUACCCGCGAAGGUCCAAACAUCUCAGACAAAAGUUUGUCUCCUACCUUCCACGCCCUCACUAGUAAGGCAGUCCUCCAACGUCCACACUCCCAGGUCUGUUCCUCCUAAUGACUUCCCCCUGAGUGACGCAUUCCGGAAAAAACUUGAGUACCAUCUUCGGAAGAGGCUCAUCCUACAGCGCAGGGGCCUGCCCCAGAGGAUUUUCAAGUCUCAGCCGUGGAUGCAUCCUGACCUUGUGCAGUCAUCUAUGAGCAGCUAUGGGCUCUCAGGGAUCUCUUUCUUUCAGCCCCAGGAUAGCAAAGACUGGCAGGACACUGUCUUGAACCAGCCUGGAAGCUCCCAAGAGAGUCUCUCGCUAGAUGGAAAAAUGGUAGAGGCACAAGGACAGAGUUCAGAGAUUGUCCAAAGAUAUCCACGGGGUAACUCCAAGGGCGCUCUAGAUAAUGGCCUGCAGUCUGACUCUGAGACAAACCUACAGCGCCACCCAGGCAGUCUGUCAGGUAAACCUUCAGGGACCUCACAGGUGAGCCAGUGUCGGGAAAAACUUAAAACUGCGCUGCAGAAGCCUUUGGUCAGUCAUCUCAACGAAGCCAGUAAGGGUCAGAGAGCUGGCACAGCGUCCAGAUCAGGGAAUUGUCCUCUCCCUCUUACCUCGCGUGUGGAUAAUGAACAACAUGCGGCUCAGAGACAGUCACGUUCUGAUAACAAGGACAGACACACCAAGAGCACAGAUACAGUGACAAAGCCUGUUCUGCACCAGGCAUCCACGGUCUUAGACAACACCAGCUUGAAAGAGUCAGAGGGCAAUGAACACAGCCCAGAUAUGCCCAGAAUAUCCACUGAGGCUGCCCCUGCACCAUUGGGUAAGCAACUGGAUUCAGGAAAAACAGUCUUGGGGCCUCAAGGAGCAAAGGUGAAUAGCAAAAACAUAUUUGUAGCUGACAAGAUCAAUAACAUAGUCAAGGGAGGGCAGCUCAGUGUUCUUCAACCACAACCUACCAAGAUCUUGAACACCAACCAGGGCAAGAGUACUCAAGGGGCAGAUGGGAAUACAACAAAAGCACAAAAUACUCUGGUAACUGGAAGGGCCCUAAAAGAAAUAACAUGUCCCCAGAAAAGUCAGACAUCUGACUGUAAUAGUCAGGUAUCCAGGGAAGGGAAAUUUAAACCAGAAAGCAGGCUGCCCAUCCAAACUCUAGGGCCGCCACGUGACAAGCUCCCUGCCUCAGAUGAAUUCGCUUACAGACAUUUCCUCAUGUCUGACCGGAGCCCUUCCAGGGGCCCCAUGAUGGCUUCUCAGGUGCAGCGACAGGAGCCCCGGAUGCCUCCUCACGUCCUGGGCAAAGGCCAGAGCAAGGACAUCUCUCCAUCUGUCAAGAAAGUCUGGCCUGCUCCAUGGAAAAUGGAGGAGCUUGGGGCAAGGGUUCCCCGGCCUGGGACAUUACAGGCCAAUGGGAAGAGCUGCCAUGCACAGGUCAGUCCAACCCAGGGGCGUCAUGGGGAAAAGCCCACCCAACCCCUGCCCGGGAAGGCACUGACCCCUCCGGAACACCAGUUCAGAAAGCACGUCAAACACUUCCUGCAGUGGCUUUCUCCUGACAGAAGAGGCAAAGUGCAGGAAACGUUCCCACAAAAAGGCUCUUCCCCACCAUCACCAGGGCAGGACCCAGAACUAUUUAAAGGGAGAGCUACCUUUCCUGGGAAUACUAUAGCUCAGAGAGCCAUGAGAGACCCAGGGAAGGUCUCCAAGGAGCAACUGAGGCACAGGCAAAUUGCUGCAGACACCAUGCGCCAUCCUGUGCCCUCUCCUCUUACCAAGCCUGUGAUAGCUAAGCCAAGGAGUCAGUCUUGGGUCCUGGCAGAGCCAGCCCAGGGGCGUCCGUUCCAACACCAAGCAACCUGCCCUAAAGUGCUGAGUUCCAGGCCCUACAACCAAGCCACUGCUGUCGUUGGUCAAAGGAGAUGGGUCGAAGACAGGGUCAGCCAGUCCCAGAAAAGUGUGUUUUUACAGCCUAACCCGCCCGCACCCUACAGGGGUCCAGAGCUGCACCGAAACCUCGUUUCAAGGAGAGCUGGGCAACUUCCUCAGACGGCACCGCCCUUCGCUGUAGGGACUGUGCUGGCAGACUUGUCCCGAUUAUGUGAACAGAAAAUCCUGGCUCAGAAUUUCAGUGGAAAAGGUUUUCUUCCCCAGAAAUAA